AUGGAUUCGGAGGACGCCCAGUCUGUCGCCAUGCCCUCGCCGUGGUUGGGCUCCUUUUCGACGGGCUCCACCUCGGUCUCAGUAUCCUCCUCCGCCGUGGGGUUCGCCCACACGGGCCAGCUCUCCCCCAUCAGCAACGGCGUGGACCGACCGCGUGGACCCGUCCGCAGCUCCGCCAGCAGCCUCGCGUCCCCGUCUCAGUCGCCCCCGGUGACGGCCGAACCACUGUCGGCAUCGUCGUCACUCCGCCCCGACGCCGCCUGGCCGCUGGGUUAUACUACCCAAGAACACAUCUCCGACCUUCCUCGCGCCCUCGAGGGCAAUGGCGUACCCCACCGCGAGCCCUCCUGGGAGGAGGGCUCGGACGGGAUUUUGACGGUCCCUAAGUUGGAACCCCUGGAGGACGAUGACUUUUGCAUGGACGAUUUUCAGGAGGCGCCUUCACCUCCCACUCCCACUCUCCCAUGCCACCUGCAAGGAGCCUUAGACCAGCCAAAGCAGAAAAGACCAAGAGGGCGGCCACGGAAACACCCACUCAUUCCAAACGUUGCCCCAAACAAGAUCACCAAGGGCCGGUCCAAGACAGGAUGUCUAACGUGCCGGAAGCGAAAGAAGAAGUGCGAUGAAGCGAAACCGCGAUGUAUGAACUGCGAGAAGAACGCAGUCGUGUGCGAAGGGUAUCCAGAGAAGCAAAUCUGGAAGAGCGGCAAGGAGAGGGCCGAGGAGGAACGCAGCAGAUAUCGCAGCUUCCCGUCCAUAACUAUGCGUCCUCUUUUCGGCGGCCUGGAAACCGUCGAAGACAGGAUAUUCUGGAAGCAUUACAACGAACACCUCAGCGCUGUUCUCACAGUGGAAGGGGAGCACAAGAACGCCUUCAAGGACAUGAUGAUCCCCAUUGCGGUGAAGCAUCAGGGCCUCAUGCACUCCAUCCUGUCUCUGGCCAGCAAGCACAUCGACUACGACACUCCGUAUGGCCUCAAUGUCUUGAGAAACAAUCCCAGUACAACCACGGUGGCAUUGAAAGAGCGCUCCCUCUAUCAUCAUGAUCAGGCGCGGCUCAAGUUCUACCACGACAUCAAGUUCACGAACUCCACACCGGACACGGACGACAAGACUCUUGUCGCGGCUCGGUACGGCCAAAUGCUCUGCUUCCUGCUUGAAGCACUCGUAGAGGGCAGCCCACGCGGCGAACACAGGAUUCAUCUGACAGUGUACCGCAACCUGGUUUCGACCUCGCCACCGGACGAUUCUACGUUCAUGUCCUUCAUCGCCGAAAUAUUCCAGUAUCAUAUAUUCGCCGACGAGCUCAUCCAUUCCGCCCACCAAGAUGCCGUUUCGCCGGAAGAGCCCCUCCCGCCAAUUCCAGCUAUGCACCAACCUAGAUUGCUCGGCGUCGCUGACGGUCUUUUGGGCUACCUGUCACAGAUCACAGCCAUCCGGAACAGAAUCAGGAGCAGGCUAAUGGCACAAACGGAUCUCGCGGUAGAUUACGAAGAUCUGUAUUCUGCCACCGACAUAUAUGGUGCCUUUCAGGAAUGGACCCCACAUUGGCCACCCGGAGACAACCGUGACCAGGUUAGUCUUCUGUACAAGCAGAUGCUGUGGAUUUACCUCAAUCGGACCGUCCAUCUACCGUCAUCACCGACGUCGUCCUCGUUGGCGUCCUCUGCGGCGUCCCUCUCCUUCAUCCACAGCUCCCCCUCCCAGGGCCGUCCCCCGCCCUCGGUGGUAAACACACCUCCCCAAUCUGCGUCGACAAGCUGUGCCUCCUCCCCGAAAUUUAUGGGCGUUGCCCAUGGUCCCAAUCAGAGGACUAGCCGACCGGACUCGCGCUUAGCCACGUCAUCUCGCCCACAUUACGGUAACCGGGACAGCGGAGAAACGGCGGCAGCAGGCGGCAACCGAGCGGAAUCCCCUCCGCCCGCCCGGCGGCCGCCCAACCUCGACCCGGCCCUCUCCCUCGCUGUCGAAGAGUCGUUAGCCCUUUUGGAGUCGUUCAAAGCCAGCGAUUCCUGUCAGACCCUGUUGCUCCUGCCAUGCUUCCUAGUGGGGACCGCCUGCUUCAGUCCCGUCCAACAGAAGCGCGUGCGCGCCGCAAUCAAAACCGUCCGGGGCUACACCGGGCUUCGUAACGCAGAUAGAGUUGUCGAGCUCCUCGAGGAGGUUUGGCGGCUCAUGGAAGCGGGCGACUGGGUCGCUGCCUGGGACUGGGCCGGCGUUGCUGACAGGCUCGAGUUGGAUUUUAUCCCCGCCUAA